AUGCCAAACAACGCCCCCUUCGACGUGAAUGAGGUCCACUCGAUCAUUAACCAGGUCAACAGCUUGCACCAACCAAAGAACCCGCCCGUCGAGCCGGGCUGGUUAGAGCCCAGAGGUGGCGGCGGGGACGAUGUUGACGCCCGCACCGACGACUCCAAGGGUACCUUGACGGCCCAGCAGGACGGCAACUACGCGUACUACACCGAAUCGGUGGACCCCGUCCCGGGAGAGUACCCGGGCUAUGGAGGAAGAGAAGAAAUGGGGGAGAACAACGACGACGACUACGAAGACAACAACGACGGAUAUGACCAGGAUGCAUACGAGGACGACGAAACCAUAAGCCAAACCACCGCGUGGCAGGGAUCGCAAUACAGCAGCGCCGCCGACAGCACGGCCGCGUCCAAAUACUCGCAGUCGACCGCGCCGUCCUACGCGGGGGAGGAGGUCAACGCCGCGCAGCAGCAGCAGGUCGACGAUCUGGCCGAGCAGGAGGAGGCGCGCGGCCCGCUGCUGGUGUGCGAGUUCCGGGACCUGUGCAACUGCCCGGAGAUCUUCAACGGCGACGAGACCGAGGCUUGGAUCGACCACAUCGGCGGCCACCACCUGAACUACAGUUUCCCCGCCAAAUCGGUGUGCUGGUUUUGCAAUUCCCACGUUUUUAACAGCGACGUGGACAAAAAGGGGAAACGGAUAAAAAUGGCGACGACCGAGGAAGAGGCCAACCAAAAAUACGAAAGGCGAGCUCAGACUUUCAGGCAAAGGUUGGAGCACGUCGCCUGGCAUAUUGUCGAGGAGCGCGUGUAUAGAUAUCAAAACAUGAGACCCGAUUUCGACCUUAUAAGGCACAUGCACAAAUACGGCCUGCUUGAUGACGAGACAUACAAUCAUGCGACUGCCUAUACCGAACGGCCGCCCCGCGAUCCCAAGCCCGGGAAGCAGAGGCGUAUUAAGACGAAUCCUCCCGACUGGGAGCCGCCCCAUAAAAUUUUGGAGAAGGAGAGGAGGAGUCAGAUCAUCCAUGACCAAUCCAAGGAAGAUAGACAGCGCAAAAAGGAGAAAGAUUCUAAAAGAAGAGAUGAAACGAGAAGGUCCAAGAAAUAG